AUGGAGGCUCUCGUAGCUUUUGGACUGGCAUGCAAUGUCAUGCAGGUCAUCAAUUUCGCACACGAGGCAGUCAAGGUUGGAAAAACGAUAUACGAGACGGGAAGCCUCGAUCCCGAUCUGGCCGCUACCACCGGGAGCCUUACAAAUAGCUUCGAGGACUUGAAGACGGCGCUGGAGAAGGCCCCAAAACCCUUGAGCAAAGACGACCGAGAGUUGCUCGACAUUGCACAAACGAGUUUAGAUACAGCAACUGCUCUGAAAGCAGAGCUGGACAAGAUUGCCGAAUUGUUGCCCGAGGGUAAGGCCGCAGCCGCAUUUCGGGCAUGGCUGAGGGCGGCAUUGGGCGGCAAAAGAAGGGUCGAGAAAUUGGAUAAAUUCAUGCGCUCGCAUCAAGCUGUCCUCGAGACCAGACUCCUUGUUAGGCUUUGUACUAAAGCUGAUGCCAUACUACUCCAGAAUGAUGAGCAUUUCAGCGGUCUGGGCACAGCCCUGCAGGGUUUUGUACAGGCUCGUGCGCGUGAUCAGACGUCUCUAGACAAACUCAUCAGGGACGAGUCAACUUCAGUGAAGGCACAUGUCAGCAGCCAGGCCGCACAGCUGCAACGCUCAACGGCGCAAAAUAUUGCUUCUGAGUCGUCGAGAAUCCGAGAACAGAUCGAUUCCCGCUUGGAGAGAAUGAUACUCGUGAAAAGCACCAAGGAAGAGCAGCAAAAUUUGUGUGACUGUUUGCGAUACCAGGAUAUGAACGAACGCAGAAAUCUCAUCAAGAGACCGCAUGAAGACACCUUUGAAUGGAUAUUCCGCUCGGACAGCCAUCACUCAGAAGCGACUCCGUUCGAGACUCCGGAGAGACGCUGGGAUGACUUCGAAACCUGGCUAUCUGCCCAAGGAAAUCGGCCAUACUGGAUUCGUGGCAAGGCUGGUUCCGGAAAAAGCACGCUCAUGAAAUUUCUGUGUGAAAAUCCACAAACGAGGGUGAUCUUAGGUGAUUCACAGCAAGCAAAAAUCGUUAUCUCCGACUUCCUCUGGGCGUUUGGACAACCUCUUCAGAAGAAUAUCAAAGGCAUCCUUUGCUCUCUGCUUCAUCAACUGCUGCUCGAGGUGACUGGUCAAGCGAAGAGCUCGAAGCCAUCCUUUUCUAUGCAUUAUCGGCUCAGUCACGUCACGUAUGCAUUUUUCUCGACGACUGUGCGCCAUCGCAGACGUAAAAUUCAGGACUUGACUUGGCUCGAUAUUAAGAAGUACACCAACGACACGCUUCAGAAUCUAUUCGUCAACGACGACGAAUCUCUCUUCGACUUUACCUCGUCGGUCUGCAAGAAGGCUAAUGGGGUUUUCCUAUGGGUGUUCCUGGCACUCAAGAGCAUACGGACUGGGAUUACUAAUGAUGAUGAUAUAAACGAACUGGAACGUCGCCUGGAGUCGCUACCAAACGAACUGCAUCAGCUGUAUCAGCAUAUGUGGCAGCGCCUGAACGAAACUUUGGACUACGUCACCUGA